AUGGGUGCCACAUAUCCCACCACCACCAACCCGUUCGAGUCCCCAUUCGAGGACCCGAGUCCCAUACACCGGUCCAAGGACGAAUGGGAGGACUGGGUAGAGGAAGACGACGAUGAACCAACACGAGGGAACAACCCAGAUGCGCUUCUCAUUGAUCUCUCCGAUGAUACAGCAGAGCGAUCGUUAAAGCCCGCUACCAGACAUACGAGUACUCGCAAUCCACAGCACCGUCACUCGGUCCAUAAACCGGUCCGACUAAAGUCAAAAGGACGACAAAAGGCACAGAAUGCAAAGGCUGGUAUCAAGGUCGUGACCGACAUGUCCCAAUUGCGCAGUCCGGCGCCACCUGCCCAGCCAAGACCAAUGGGUCACAAUGUCAGGGAUGAGAACAAAGGCAGAUUCGUCGAUGCCGCUGCUCUUCUGGCACUCGAGGGCGAGCCGAACUCGGAUUCAGUCGGCAGCUUCUCCUGGCUCAAGCGCAAACCGGGCAACGUGCGAGCCAAGCAAGCCACCAAAGAGGCUGCUCAAGUCUCGCCGUCAGGCCUUUCUCCAAUGGACCGGCCUAUUGUUAUUGGUCUCUCUGUGCCUUCCGACGAUGCUGGUCAACAUCAGGUUAGCCCACAGACGGCUGUUGUCGAGACACCAACAUACAUGCAAAGCUUCACACGCAGGGCAGACGCACAGGUCGGCACAACGCCUACACCACAACCUCUCCAUUCUGUUUGGUCUCCGGAUACAGAAGUGAGCGAGUCGAAUCGCGACACUCGUACCGCCUCAAGCAUCUAUUCGCGACAAAGCACAUCUACUGGGCCUGCAGGGAGCAUCUACUCGCAACCAACCACCAAUGGCGGGCAUGUACCUCCAGUUCCUGCUUUGCCAGCAACGAUGAAGUUCAAGCAGUCCAUGGGACGAGGGGUCCAGGAUGACGACGACCUCGACACCCCCUGCACCCUGUUUGAAGAAGAUGGCAGCCCGACGGCAACUCGCAAGUCUCAAAAGCCCAAAGCAGCUGCGGCAAGCCCUGGAAGCGCGAGCAGUCGAGCAAAUGGGUGGUGGGAUCAUGUUACGACCCCUUUCACGCAGCAAUCCACCAACCCGUUCAAGCAACAAGCGCAGGAAACCGGCUCCAGCUCGUCUGCUGCACCUCGGGAAUGGUGGAGUGGAGUUGAUGAGAAAAAAGCGCAGCCUUCGCGGUCUUCGGGUCUGACUAUUGUCACACCUGCGUCUUUGGGACACCAACAUACGGCCCCUCCAGCUGCUGUAUCGUCUCAACCUGCUUCAGUCAACCGCACAGAGACGCAAUCGGAGAAGGCUAGGAUCCUACUCGAGGAAGACCAGACUCCAAACGAUCAGCCACCGCCAUACGAGUUUACCAAGACCUUCAACGAGGUCAAACCCCCCGCGGUCGUAGCCGCUCCGUACGUGAAUACACAGCCAAUACCAUCGCCAGGCCCGAUGACCCCUGGUUUGCCGGGAACCAUGACUUCGCAAGGCGCUAUUCAUAUGGCCGAGAUACCUUUGACACCAACGGGGCUGCGGCUAGUUCCAGAAGCAGUACUCCCGGAUCGUGCAGCUGGAUCAUAUGUUACCGGUGACCAAUUCUACGACGCCCCUGGCAGAGCUAAUAAAUCUGAACGGCAACGGCGCCGACAUGAGAAGGAAGACGCAGUCGCUAGGAAACUCGGCGGCUUCUGGAGAGGCCGCGGCUUCAUGUCUGAUGAUGGAUGCUUUGGGCGUACCGGCCGCGAAGGCAGAAAGAGAAGAAGGAUAUGCUUGGGAGUUAUCGGUGGCGUGAUAGCUGCCAUAAUUCUCGCUGUCAUUAUUGCAGUCGUUCUCACACAAAGACAUAUAUCGUCUUCGCCGUCGCCAUCAUCAUCAUCGGCGCCGUCGUCGUCAGAGGAAAGCCAGGCGCCUUCUGUUUUCCUUACUGUGGCCGGUUUUCCUCCAAUGCCUACCGGUGUUCUGACAGUAGCUGGUCCGGAUAAUUCUCUCACUGUAUCCGGCUGUUUCACCGACAAGACUCCUCCAACAGCUUGGUCGUGUUCUUUGCCUAAAGGAGAGCAGGAUGCAGAUGCGCCCUUUGCCCCUAAUCAACCAGAGUUCAUUUUCCAGAUCCAGUACGACAACAAUACCAGAGCCCUUUGGAAGAUCUCGGAUGACGAUGACGACAACGACAAGCAUUCCAAAUCCGAUAGACGAGAUUUCUUGGCCGAUGUCGGUUUUGCUCCCGACCCUGACCCACCUUCCGUUACGGAAAUGCGCUUUCUUGGAAACACCACAGACCACAUCGUGGCGGACGAAAAAGAAGGCGAGCCCACACCGUUUUUCAUCAGCCUCUUGAAAGCGAUUGGCGACACGGUCGGUCCGAACGUGCUCAGCCGCCGACAAGGAUCCAACAACGCCAUCGAUGGCUCUUCUGGCAACGGGACAGGCGCCUUCAACCUGUCGGACAUCCUUCCUGCGCCUGAACUGAACGGUGAUGGCACGGGAGCUCCGGCUAGACUGUUCCCCCUUCCCACCCAGCAGCCAGUCCGCCUAUUCGACCGGGGUCUGCCAACGGAGCACUAUGGCUUCUAUACGCAUUUCGACAAGACCAUCUACCUGGCGAACAGCACCGGGAACAACACCGCUGAUAAGGACGGCGGUGCUCUCAUCACCGACGCCAAGUCCUUGGUGACGUUUGCGCAGACGCGCUUCCUCGUCAAGAUGUGGACACGAAAGAACGAGACCGCGCAGCUCCUGGGCGACGGUGCGCCGUCCAACAGCUCAGACGGCUCGUCGCAGCCCGGAACGAUGCCUUACCCCGUCACCAUCGCCGUGGACCAGCACGGCGGCGACGCAUCCAAGAAGCUCGACUUCUCCUACGGCGUCAUGGACAACAAGCAGAUCAACCUCACGGACCCCCACCUCGUCGUCAUGGACCUGGGCUCCGGCGGGACGCUGGUCAACGGGGCCUCGGACCCGGACACGAAGCUCGGCGGCAUCGAUGGCGGCACGGGCGGCUGCAAGUGCGAAUGGGUCAACUUCAAGGGCGGGAAGUGA